AUGGUGCCCCGGUAGACACAGCAGCGCGAGGAUGCCGCCCACACCUACGCCUACGCCGCACUAACACGCCCGCCAGCAGCAGCAGCAGCGCCGUGUAUCCCCCGCGGGCAGGAUGGGGAACAAAUUGUCUUGUUCGUGCGCCCCGCUCAUCAAGAAGACGGGGUACCGCUAUGAGGACUCACCUUGGAACCCGGCCCGCAGACGCGACGGCCACCUGCUCAGGCUCUGGGCGGAGGUGUUCCACGUAUCAUCGUCAGGAGCCGGAACGGUCAAGUGGCAGCAAGUGUCCGAGGAUCUGGUGCCGGUCAACAUCACGUGCAUCCAGGACACCCCCGAGUGCGUCUUCCAUAUCACCGCCUACAACUCCCAGGUCGAUAAGAUCCUCGAUGUGCGGCUAAUUCAACCAGGCACGCGGAUUGGCCAGGCGUCGGAGUGCUUCGUGUAUUGGAAGGACCCGGCCACCAACGACACCUGGGGCCUCAACUUCACCUCGCCCAUAGACGCCAAGCAGUUCAGAGAAUGUUGCGUGAGUAUAGUGGCUCCCGCAUUUGCUGAUUUUUAGUUUUUUUUUUAUUAUUUUUAUUUUUUUUUCUUCUACGUUUCCUCCUUUUCCUUCUCUUCAUCCCUUUACACCCCCCCUCCUCUUCCUUCUCCCCUUCAUCCCCUACUCUUGCUC